AUGUUUUUGAUUCGUCGGGUGGAUAUUGUUACAGCAUUCCCUUGGUACGAUUCAAGUGGUGCAAAAGAGACAUUUAAUGCGUCAACGGUGAUCAGCGACCUGAGUACAGUGUCAUGCGGUCGGGAUGAGACAAAAUGGUUGGAUUUACUGUACACGUUGCAAUUCAAUUCAACAUUUCAUUGCUUCAAAAUUGGUCGAUUGACAGGUUAUUAUCCGGUAUUCAGUGUAGAUCUUGGUCACCGGAUAGCCACAUCAUUCGUUUUGUUGCCAGUCAUUGAUAUUCUGAUUGUUUCAAGUCAAUACAAAUUUCUGUCUUCGACGGAUCAACACGAAAUUAGUUUGUUUAGUGCUGUGAGUUUCUGA